GUAAAGUCGAGAGUCGAUAGGACACGGUUGCGCGUUCUUGGCAAAUCUCCUUAACGCCAAAAAAACGCCCCCUUCAACACAAGCCCCGAAGACACCCAGUGGGGACGUAUCAAAAGGUUUCGAGAGACGUCCAAUUCAAAAUUUCCGGCACUUCUCGACCCUUCAUGGCCCCCAUGCCGCUAUGCCCUCCGCCUUAAUUGUGACGUUCGCGCAAUCGACCGUCCUCAAUGCCAUUUCCAAUCUUUUGGCGCAGCUAAUCGACCAGCGCAAAAACACCACUCCUUUCACACUCAACACACUCGCUCUCCUCCAAUUCGUCACGUAUGGCAUCCUCAUCGUGCCGAUCAAUUUCUACUGGCAGCGCGCCCUGGAGGCGCGUUACCCAGGCUUUCCCUCACGUGCCGAGAUAGCAAAUCUCCUACGCUCCUGGCGCUCUCUGUUCUCAUUCUCUGCUCUCCGAGCAUUCUUCUCUUCUGCUAUUUCAUCCGAGGGUUCGCCUCGAAUGAGCGACGAUGGUACUGCUCUGCCUCUGCAUCGCGAAAAGGAGAAGGAGAAGGAGACCACAGGUCGGUGGGCGCCCAGGGCGCAGCGUUCGGGAUUGCAUAGCUUUGUUAUGAAGUUUUUAUUUGAUCAGACCGUGGCCGGGGCGAUGAAUAUCGUGCUUUUUGUGGUUUUGAUUAAUUUCUUGAAGGGGGAGACCCUUUCGAAGGUGUGGGAGUUGGUUCUUGUGGAUUUCCGUCCCAUUAUGAUCGCCCGUCUGAAGUAUCGGCCCGUAGUCUCGACUUUGAUGUACACCGUCAUCCCUGUCGAUAGGCGAGUCGUCUUUGGCAGCGCCUGUGGGGUGAUCUGGGGCAUUUAUCUCAGUCUUUAUGCCGUGGUUUAACAGGCGUUUCUUUCUCUUCUUUGAUCUUCUUGCAGUUUCUAUAGAGUCCUGUUCGGCGUCUCCUUUUUCUAUCAACUUGAUUCCCGCGGGCAUAGAGCAAGCAUUUCAACGUACCCAUUUCGUUGAAACGCUGUUUCUCGUGGACCAAAUAGAAAGAUGAGAUUUAACUACCCACUUACGUAUUUGAUCGAAUUGCGCAACAUCGUCAAAAUAG